AUGAGUCGACCAUCACUGUCACUCAGACUCGCUCUCCUUUCUCUACUUCAGAAAUUUGGUCUGGACGGUGCGAAACCAGUCUCCACUCCUAUGGCCUCUGGUAUGUGGUUGACUGCUAAUGAGGAAGCCCUCCUAUCUGAUCCAAUUUAUUAUCAACGCCUUGUUGAUUCACUACAAUAUCUCACUUUGACACGCCCCGACAUCUCCUCUGCAGUCAACAAUAUUUGUCAGUUCAUGCAAAGUCCACGAGACACUCAUCUCAUUGCCGUUAAGCUUAUAUUUCGGUAUCUCAAAAGUACUCUUAAUAUUGGCCUUAAUUUUGUCCAAACUCCUCUCAUUGCACUUCGUGGUUUUUGUGAUGCGGAUUGGGCAGGAUCCAGGGAUGAUCGACGUUCUACAACUGGGUUUGUUGUCUAUAUGGGUGAUAACUUGUUAUCCUGGGGAGCUAAAAUGUAA